CGGACGCUGACCUGCAAUGAGUUAGCAGCCGGGCUGAAGGCUGGGUUGUUAUUGAGGGACUCAAAGUGAUCUGUGUCUCAGACCCUUAUCGUUCAAGUUCGUUUUGACUUUUGUGGUAGUAAUUUGAUCCCCAGUCGCUGCUCCAGGAAAAUUUGGGCUGACGGUAGAAGGCAGAAUCUGCAAAGAGGUAAUGCUAUUUGUUACCUUGAAGCAAGGCUUUAGCGUGGGCCCAGUGAGGAUCCAAACAUGACCAAGGAGGAGGAGCUACCAGACUGGCAUUCAGCCCAGGAAUUUUAUAAGAAUUAUGACCCGAAGGAAAUUCUGGGCAGAGGGGUAAGCAGCGUGGUUCGUCGGUGCAUUCACAAACCCACCAGCCAAGAGUAUGCGGUUAAGAUUAUAGACAUCACCGCUGGUAAUUUAUCCCCAGAGGAGGUCCAGGAGCUGAGGAAAGCCACUAUCAAGGAGAUAGACAUCCUGCGGAAGGUCUCAGGACAUCCCAAUAUCAUUCAGCUGAAGGAUAGUUAUGAAUCCCACACCUUUUUCUUCUUGGUGUUUGACCUAAUGAAGAGAGGAGAGCUCUUUGAUUACCUCACAGAGAAAGUCACCUUAAGUGAGAAGGAAACCAGGAAGAUCAUGCGUGCACUGCUGCAAGUGAUCCAGUACCUCCAUUCCAUGAACAUUGUCCACAGAGACCUGAAGCCGGAGAACAUUCUCCUGGAUGACAACAUGAACAUCAAGCUGAUGGACUUCGGCUUCUCCUGCCAGUUGAAUGGGGAUGAGAUGCUCAAAGAAAUCUGUGGCACUCCCGGGUAUCUAGCACCUGAAAUAUUAGAGUGCUCCAUGGAUAAGGACCAUCCAGGGUAUGGAAAGGAAGUUGACAUGUGGAGUAGUGGCGUGAUCAUGUACACUCUGCUGGCCGGCUCCCCGCCCUUCUGGCACCGGAAGCAGAUGCUCAUGCUGCGGAUGAUCAUGAGUGGGAAUUACCAGUUCAGCUCUCCGGAGUGGGAUGAUCAGUCAGACACAGUCAAAGAUCUGAUUUCCCGGCUCCUGGUGGUGAAUCCUAAGAAGCGCUACACAGUUAACGAUGCGCUGGCCCACCCGUUCUUCCAGCAAUAUGUCGUGGAGGAAGUACGGCACUUCAGCCCUUUAAGGAAACUUAAGGUCAUCUGCCUGACAGUUCUGGCAUCAGUCCGCAUCUAUCAUCACUAUCGGAAUGUCAAGCCAAUUACCAGGGAGGUAAUAAUGAGAGACCCCUACGCUCUGAAACCCAUUCGCAAACUGAUCGAUGCCUGUGCCUUUAGAAUCUAUGGACACUGGGUGAAGAAAGGAGAAGCACAAAACAGAGCAGCCUUAUUUGAGAACACUCCAAAGGUGAUUUUGAUGAGCUUAGCCGCAGAGGAAGCGUUAUUUUGAUUUAUCCCUGAGUAAAACUGCUUCAGCAGCAUCUUAGCGUAAGUUUGUAAGAGCUAAGGCGAGCAGACGCUCUGAAAACUAACCGCAGUCUCCUUUAUGUUUUCCCAAUAAAAUCUCAAUAGAUAAUAUUAAAACCCAGGGUGUGCCAAACCCCGACAUCCUUAUUUGGCCUUCAAAAGAUGCCAUGUGCACAAACCUCGGCAGAGCCCCAUCAAACGUCAAUGAAUUUUGCCUGUGUAAGGCCUCUGUGCUUUGGCCUUGCCGGACUGAUAUUCAACUUUCCUACAAAAUGACAUAUAAGGGCCUGUUUUUUUUAAGAAGUGGCUUCUAAUUUUGCAGCUGUAAUUAACAGUGUGUGUAAAUAUACCCUCAGAUCAGGCAGGUGAACAUCUUAAAUGGCAGCAUUUGUGCCCCCAAAUUAAUUUCACCUGAAUGUUUUUUGGGGUUUUUUUUGGCCUGGAAUGAAUGGCAGGCACAAAAUUGGUCACCAAGAUGAGGCACUUUUGAAAAAGAAUAGAGAUGGGGGCCCAAGCAAAAUCCUAGCUGUGGCAUUCGGGUACGGCUCCAGCUCUGGACAUCACAGCUCUCUAAUGCAGAGGGAACCAAUAGGAUAUGCAAGAACAAUAGAAUACACGUAUUGCCUCUCCUGUAGGCACCACAUCCUUUCAUUGGCAGGAUGGGCCAGGCUCCCCCGAGCUGUGGUAACAGAAGGAUGCGAGCGAGCACCCUCACACCUGUGUGGAAUCCCCGCCAGCAGUGGUGGCAAUAUUUUCUGUUAUUGCCAUUUGCUACGAUCAGGCUCAUGUCGCUCUUUCUGGUGCCCUCCUGCUUCAGCUAGGGCCUUCAUCCUGUAAGCGACACCUAGGCCGACCUUUGCACCUGCCCCAGUGCAGUCAGUGGAACUCCAUGUGUGCGCAGAGGAUCACCUCUGGGAAGCAACUUGCCAGAUUGGGGCCUCGGUGUCUGGCCCAGGCCAGCCUGAGGUUUCAAAGCCUGGCUUUCAGGUAGUGGGCACGACCUUUUCUGUGAAGAUGAUAGAUUGGCCAAGGCAAAGAUAAUGAGUUUGGGGCACAAUCAGGCCAAGGUAAGCAGUGGGGUCAUGGCAGCUGGAGGGAAUCUAAAUUAGAUGGGGAGCUGGGUAAAAAGAAAAAUCAGUGUGAUGUUAUUAGCAAGUUCAGGGAGACGGGGAGUGAAGGUGAGAGGCAGAGAGGAAAGGGGACAGGGAUGUGGAAAGCAGCUCCACCAAUGGGACACUUGCAAAAUGCUAACCUGUUACAUUCAAUUGACUGAGGUUAAAAACCACCCGAAGAAGCUGGACAAGCUUUGUUUUUACAAGGCGGAUGUUGUUAUUAGAGAUUCUGGGCCCAGCCUUCACCGGCAGGACCUUAAGAUAGGGUGGCUUAUCCCACAUCACUUAUGAAAAUCAAGUCUUUCAGGGCACGAAUACCCUGUUUUGGGUGCUUCACUGCAAAGGCAAGUGUUCAUUGCCUGUUUUACCAUCUGUAAAA